GAUCUUGACACGUUGGCUACUACAAAGCCAACGCUCCCAAAUUGACGAUCCAGCGGAGCAGAGAGGAGAGCUGCAUCACCCAGCGAUAGACAAACAUAAAAAAUAAAACGAAGACUGUGAAGAUUGGACUUGGAGGAAUCGUCUCUUUUUUCUCUGUCUAAAAUUGAUAAUAACUCCUGAUUCCGGCCCCUUUUGGAUUCUCUUGAUUUUAAUUAAUGCAUGAAAGCUCAACCAUUGACUUUAUAUGCUGACAAAUGUCAAGAUCUGAAAACAGAGUGGCCUCUUCCGUCCGUGUGAAAGCGUCAUUGCAGAGGCUUAAAUCAUCUCCCUCAGAGUUUUGAUUACUGUGCUUUGCAAAUAUAGGAGGGAAUGAGAGGUCCACGAAAUCUUGAGGUGUGGAAGAUGGGCGUUGUCAACUACUUGGAUGCACUUAAGCUGCAGGAGAAGCUGGUCUCUGAUAGAAAAAUUUGUAAGAUUCCAGAUACUCUCCUGUCCCUGCAACAUCCUCCAACAUAUACCCUUGGCAAACGGCGAACUGAUCACAAUUUGUUAAUACCUGUGUCUGAAUUGAAACAAAUGGGAGCUGAACUUCAUUAUACACAAAGGGGAGGAGACAUUACAUUUCAUGGUCCUCGUCAAGCCAUCUUAUACCCUGUUAUUUCUCUUCGGGAAAUUGGGCUUGGUGCUAGGAAUUAUGUAGAGAAACUUGAGUUAACUAUGAUUGAAUUAGCAUCUUUGUAUGGUGUGAAGGCAUGUGCUGGACAAAAGGGUGAGACAGGGGUUUGGGUUGGAGACAGAAAGAUUGGUGCAAUUGGUGUCCGGAUAUCGUAUGGAGUCACCUCUCAUGGGUUGGCAUUCAACAUUGAUCCUGACUUGAAGUAUUUUAAACAUAUUGUACCUUGCGGGAUUGGAGAUAAAGAAGUUACAUCUUUGAGAAGGGAGACAGGUGCUGUGCUUCCUGCUGAAGAAGUAAUUCAUGAGCAGUUAAUUUCUUGUUUUGCAAGACUCUUUGGUUAUAGUAGUAUCACAUGGAAGGAGAGUCCCUUGAUAUUGCCUGAUAAUGAAGAAAUUGAGUGAAUCCAAAUUAGAGAUCCUCAGUGAUGUUGGAAUCAGGACGGCUAGAAGAUAUUAGCAACGUUGAAGGAUGUCUACUGUGUCCUCCCAUCCAGCAACACUCAUCCAAGAGUUAGAAAUCAACCGAGGAGAUUGCUAGGUUCUUUUGCUUCUAUUUCUGCGAAUCUAAACAAGUUGAGUAGAGCCAUUCAAGAUCCAAAGAAAGCUGUGGAGGCAAGUCUAAGGAAAGCACCGCCGAGUGCUUCAAAUCCCACCCAAAACAAGUAACUCCAGUGUUAUGUCAAGAGAUUUAAGGAAGAAAGAGAAAUCAAGUCUCAAUUCUCUUUCAACAGUUUUGCAGUUUCCUUACAUUUACCUUUUGAUAGGUAGGAAAGUUGGAUCUCGGAUUUUUUUUUUCUUGCUCUGUAUCCAUAAAUUAUUCAAUAUUUAUUUAUUUUUCCUGCAAGUCCUGUUUUGCAGUAGAUUUAGAGGUGAGAUAUAAGUGUAUUUACAGAACCCUGUCCCUGUAAAUAAAACAUAAGAACGAAAUAGUAUAGUUUGUUUCAGAAGAUCA